AUGCCGAGCUGGGUGGCCGCGGGGCGCUCCCUGCGCCCGCUCGGGCCCGACGAGGAGCACUUCCGCCUGGAGCAGCAGGUCGAGAGGGAGCUGCACCACCAGGCCCUGGCGCAGAGCGUCUCCGCGGCCGGCCAGGCGCGGGGCGGCGCGGAGCGGCCGCCGGGCGGCGGCGGCGUCGGCGGCCUGGGCCCCGCUGCGGGCAGCGGCUCGGCGUCGCGGGCGCCCCAGGACCCUGGAGCCUCCGCGCCGCUGACUGGCGCCGUCACGCCGCCCGACGAGGGCAGCCUGUGGUACGGGUGCUACUGGUGUGUAUGCAAGCUUUGCGCAUUGCUCAGCCUCCUGUGCUUCCCGUUCCGGCCGCCCUCCGACCACGAGGACGACGACGAGGAGUUCGCUGUGGAGACCCUGGCGCGGGUGCGGGUCCACUUGGGCUUCACCGAGACCUACGACUCGGUCCGCGGCGAGGUGCUCCAGCUGCUCGAAGAGCGGCUGAGCAACUGCCGGUCCGAAGGCCGACCGGCCGAGAUCUACGUGGUCGGGCACUCCAUGGGCGGGGCGAUGGCGAGCCUGUUCGCGCUGGACGUGGUUGACGUGCUGGCCGGAGAGGACAGGAACGCCCUCGCGGCCACGGCUCUGUCCGCCCCGACACCAGGAGAGGUACUCUCCAGGUGCUUUACUGGAGAAGUACUUGUGUGGACGCUUUGCGACGUCGUGCAAGAUUUUGCGGGGGGGCCUGCCCGGAGCCUUUGGACAAACAUGCGCUAA